AUGUGCGCCGCAGGGUGCGUUGACCAGGGUGUUGACCAAAAUCAAAGAUCGGGUCUCGCCUUCGACUGGAUAUCGAACCCCAGGCAGCACACUCCUACUCCAUCCACACCUGCUAUUCAGUUUGCUACAGUUGCAGGUCCCUCGGCGCGCUUUGUUUUUGUUUAUGCUGGGCAGGCACAAGUUGACAAUGCUCCAUCAUGUCCAGCGUACGUGCGGCCAAACAAAUUACAGGGGCACUGCGUCACCUGCAGGAAUUUCCAAUCUACAUUGUCAAAUGCCAUCAAAAGUUGUUGGACAUGUCGUAACAUUAAUUUGACAUUUUACUGCCCUGGACGUGGGCCAAGGGUUGGUAAGCAGAGUCAAUUGCCAAGGCGGUCAACCGCAACGACACAGGACAACGUUUACCCAGACAGCUGUCGGGGAUGCUUCAUCUGCGAAAGCUACGGCAAGCAGCUGCUGCAAGCUGUUGGAGUACCGAAAGUCCCACAAAACAUCUCGUGA